AUGUUAAGAUAUUAAUCAGAGGAAAGCGAAGCUAAAUUAAAGUCUCUUUAAUUACCAUCAAUUAAGUCAAGCCAUACAGUGUUAGGAGCAUCUGAACUAGAAUAAAUUAAAUCUCAUCUUAGUAUUGGUGAACAAAAAUCGAAGAAAGUAUAACUUAAAUAUGUUAGGUUAGACUCUUGACAACAAUCAAAGAGUUUGGGCUUAGAGAAUCGAGAAAUAGAGGUCAUAGAAGGAGAAGGAGAAGUUCGAUAAAUUUUAGAUAGAGGAGGAAGAGAGAAGGAAGAUGGAUAAGGUUGAAACUGAGUAUCAGGAGAAAUUAAAGUAGGAUUAAGUUGUUGAUGCAAAUAACAAGAUAUUUAGUCAAAGGGGAGAGUAAUUCAAAAAACGAUUUUUAGUGUACGCAAUAUGAAGUCAAAAAUGCUAAUGAGUGAGAAUGAGAAAAUUAAUGAUGCUCUUGUUCGGUUUAAUAAGGAAAGACAAGAAAUGCAAAUGACCCUUGAAGCUGAAAGGCUAAAGGAUCUAGAAGGGAAGAGAUAAAUGGACGAGCAAGCAGAGUUGGAGAAGAAUCAAUAAAAGGAUCAAUUAAAGAGAGAGACCUAUGCUGUUUUAGCAAAAUAACACAAUGAGAUGAAGGAGAAGUAUUUUAAGGAAUAUACAAAAUUGCAAUAGGAGGGAUAAUUGAUAAAAAGACAAGCAGAAGAGGAAGAAUAGGAAAAAGAGUAUCUAUGAAUAUAUUGUUAGAAAGAAGAAGGAGGAGGAGAAGUUGAAGAAGCAAAAACUAUUAGCAGAAAGAUAGAAAUUUAUGGAUGUUAAAUAAUCUAUACAGGACGAGGAAUAGAAAUAAUUAGACAAGGAAGCAAAGGAUAGAGAUCAUUUUGAUAGUAAAAAGGAAAGAGUUCUAGAGAUGAGAAAACAAAGAGUACAUCUAAUCUAAUUUAUUAGGAAGCUUAAAAACUAGAUCGUUAAAUGCAACUUAAAUAAAGAAUAUAUGAUAUGAGAGUAGUGCAAUUGAAAGAAUAGGAAGAUAAUUAUAUGCAAAGAGUGCAGAAGCAUGCAGAAGAGUUGUAAAGACAUGAGGAAGAAGUAGCUAGACAAAAGGAGUUGGAGAAGAUUUAAAUGAUAAAAGAAGGAGAAACAUUUAGAUAAAGAUAGUUGAAGUUGAGGGAAACUGUCAAAGAGAAGGAAGAGGUGGAUGCGAAAAAAGAGUAGGUGGUAAAAAUUAAUGCUUUGUAAUAAUUGGCUGAGAUUGAAGAAUAAUAAAAAGAAAUUUUGAGAAAACGCAAUAAAGAAUUAUUGGAUUAUUAAAAAAUAUAAAUAGUAUUGUUAUUAUUAAAAAAAAGGAACAAAAAAAAUUAGCUAGGAGGGAAUAAUAUAUGAAUGAACUUAAAUAAUCCAAAUAAAUAGAAUUGAGGGCUUAAUAAGAUAGAGAUACCUUUAUGAAUUGGGCAAAAUAGCAGGUGGAAGAAACUAGAGAACAAGGUUUAAAUUUAUAUCCUUUAAUGAAGACAUUAAAAUUAUGA